AUGUGGAGUGGUUCUGCCAGCAACUAUCGGGCCUCAGCCUCAGUAACAGCCACAACCUCACCCAUCAACUCGCAGCUCGUAACCAACCUUUUGACUCAGAAAAUUAACGUGCUCCAGAGUCUGAUUCAGGCGAAAUUUUCAUCAGGAGGAGCAGGAGGAGCAGGAGGCAUCGGUUUUGGCUUCAACAAGUUCGGAUCGGUCUCGAGUACUACAACAACAACAACGGAGGCGCCGUACACCUAUAGCACCACAGAGGUAAACACAGAUUUUACGCCGGAUAUUACCUCAAGUACUCACUCAGUAUCAACAACAACAACAACAGAAGGAUCCAAUAAGACGCCGGAGCCUACAGUACAUCCCUAUUCGCCGAUCACAACGCGCAGCACAACGCCACUAACCCCCGUUAAGAGUACAACAGAGGGGCUGGUGACCACAACGGCGGUGACCGAGGGCUAUUCCUACCAGACCCCAAAACCCAAUGCCAGUACCGAGGGGUAUGCCUACCAGACCCCUAGACCCGAUGCCAGCACCAGCUAUAAUUCUGUCAGUGGCUCAGUAAGCAGCUUUUACCUUCCGACCUCUCUUGCCUGA